AUGAAUGACAGUCAAAUUUUGGUUCCCAAUAAAAAAUGCCUUACUGAAGCAUUAAAAACAUUAGAAUUGAAAAAACAAAUUGACCAAAAUUGUGACCAUGCCCCUUUAAUGUAGACAUUUGUGGUGUUAAACAGUCUAAAUAUAUAUAUUACAACAAUUUUACAGGAGAGGGCUUGGAUUUCAAAGCUGAGGUUGUAAAUAAAGAUGUGCAGUCCUGGAUGCCAAGAGGUGUGCCAUCAGGAGAGGAUUGGUUACGUGUGACCAGAAAUUUAGAACAUCUUAAAGAAAUCCGUAACAAAGCAAGACAGAUGAUGAGCACCCCAGCAAAUACCAGAACCAUGAGUCAACAAUCUACUGGUGCAAGAUCAAAGCCUGAUUUGAGUGCACAGGUUUUGGCUUGGCGUGCCCAAUUACGGUCAAAGAAGUACUUAAAGGACCCCUGCAAAGAAGAUGUGUGUCACGUUUCCCUUACUUCAGAAGAGCUUGACCCAUCCCUGUUGGAAAUUACGGUCCGUGCAGAAAACUUGCGCAAGAAAUAUUUCGACAAGACUUUCGUAGACUCACAGAAUGAUGAUUUACCACAAGAACCUGUGUAUGUGACUAAGAAGGAGCGAACAGAGAAAUGUUUAAUUUCGAACAGAACCAAGAGCGAAAUAUGUGACAUCACUUCAAACAUGUUGGCUACCAUUGUGAAUGUGGAUGUGAAAGACUCUCUUACGUCGGAGUUUAGAAAGAUGAUGCCAUUGUGUAAAGUGAAAAAGAGUGAUUUGUUAAAAUUCCAUGACAUUGUGUUGGAUGUUUGUGCACAACAGGAUGAACUUUUCUUACAUGAGGAUUUGUAAUUCUGUGGAUUUGUUUUAAGGAUUAUGUUCCUUAUUGUCUGUGCAACUUAAAUUCUUCAAAAUUGAUUUUAUCAUUUUUGUUUACUUUUAUCAUGUUUAUG